CCAUUGUCCAUACAAACAAUUGAGUUCAAAAUGGUCAAGUCAAUUGCUGGUUCCAAGGUCCUCCUGUUGGGAUCGGGCUUCGUCACAAAGCCCACCGUUGAGGUUCUGAGCAAGGCCGAUGUUGAGGUCACCGUCGCUUGCCGUACCCUCGAGAGUGCCAAGGCUCUCGCUGGAGACUUCAAGAACACCAAGGCCAUCUCCCUUGAUGUCAGCGAUGAUGCUGCUCUCGACAAGGCCAUGGAGCAGGUCGACUUGGUCGUCUCUCUGAUCCCCUACACUUUCCACGCCACUGUUAUCAAGUCGGCUAUCCGCACUAAGAAGGAUGUUGUCACUACCUCGUAUGUCUCGCCGGCUAUGGAGGAGCUCGACGCGGAGUGCAAGAAGGCUGGUAUCACUGUCAUGAACGAGAUUGGCCUGGACCCCGGUAUUGACCACCUUUACGCCGUUAAGACUAUCUCCGAGGUCCACGCCGCCGGCGGCAAGAUCACUGGCUUCAUCUCCUUCUGCGGUGGUCUCCCCGCCCCCGAGGCCUCUAACAACCCUCUGGGCUACAAGUUCUCUUGGUCCAGCCGCGGUGUGCUGCUCGCCCUCCGCAACGCCGCCAAGAUCUACCAGGAUGGCAAGAUCGUCAGCAUCGACGGCCCCGACUUGAUGGCCACCGCCAAGCCCUACUUCAUCUACCCCGGCUUCGCCUUCGUCGGCUACCCCAACCGUGACUCGACUCCCUUCCGCGAGCGCUACGAGAUCCCCGAGGCCCAGACCGUCAUCCGCGGUACCCUGCGUUACCAGGGCUUCCCCGAGAUGAUCAAGGUCCUCGUCGACACCGGCUUCCUGAAGGACGAGCCCAACUCCGUCUUCGACAGCGCCAUCUCCUGGAAGGAGGCCACCGCCAAGGUUCUCGGCGCCGCCUCUUCCUCCGAGAAUGACCUCACCGCCGCCGUCCAGAGCAAGACCACUUUCCCCAGCAACGAGGAGCGCGACCGCCUCCUCGCCGACCAUCACCCCCGCGGCAACGCCCUCGACACCCUCUGCGCCACCCUCGAGAAGAAGAUGCAGUACGAGGCCGGCGAGCGCGACAUGGUCAUGCUCCAGCACAGAUUCGAUAUCGAGAACAAGGACGGCUCCAAGGAGACCCGCACCUCUACCUUGUGCGAGUACGGUAACCCUGCCGGUUACUCCGCCAUGGCUAAGCUGGUCGGUGUUCCCUGUGGUGUUGCUGUCAAGCAGGUCCUUGACGGUACCAUCUCCCAGAAGGGUGUUUUGGCCCCCAUGAACAUGGAGAUCUGUGCUCCUCUCCUGAAGACUCUUAAGGAGGAGUAUGGUAUUGAGAUGGAGGAGCGCACUCUGUAA